AUGGCGACUUCAACAUCCUUAGGCCUAGGUGCCUGGAUGCUGUGCUUGCUGUCGUUAGUGUCCUGCACAUGGGCUUUCUACAUUCCGGGCUAUUCAGUUACUCGGUAUAACGAUAAUGACCCGAUCCCCCUCCUCGUGAACAAGAUCUUCUCCGAUUACACGCAACUUCAAUAUGCCUACUUUGACCUACCCUUCGUUUGCCCUCCAAGCGGCAAGACACACGGCGGUUCACCUUUCGGAUCUGGGCAAAGCAUUUCGUUGAAUCUAGGGGAAGUACUGCGCGGCGACCGCAUCAUGACUUCCGAUUUCGAGCUUACAAUGGGCAAUGAUGUGGAAUGUCAAGCUCUCUGCACCCGCGAAGUCAGCCGCUCGAAUGUUAAAUGGGCCCGGGAUCUUAUCAAGGAGAACUAUGUCAUUGAAUGGAUUGUUGAUAACCUUCCCGGCGCUACGAGCUUCGUUACCGUUGACCGAAGCCGAAAAUACUAUGCUUCCGGGUUUAAAUUGGGAUAUCGCGAUAUUUCUCCGGCUACUGGCCAGUCUCGCUAUUUCAUCAACAACCACUUCACGAUCGUUGUCCGCUGGCGGAGCGCGCCUGAGGGAGGCAAGGUCAUUAACGGAUUCGAGGUUUAUCCUAAGAGUGUUACUGCGGCGGGCCGCAAAGAGGGUAGCUGUCCAGCGGACGUUCAUACGGAGCGAGAAGGGCUUGGGUUAUAUAUUGCGCCAGAUGAGUUGAAGCUGAAGGAGAAGUAUGCUGGUUUGUCCUAUAUCCCGCAUGAUGACGAUGAAGACGAUGGUGCAACUUUGAAGAUCCCCUAUACUUACUCGGUUUACUUUCGGGAGGAGCCGAAGGUUGAGUGGGCCAAUCGUUGGGACCUAUACUUUACCAACCAAGAGGAAGGCUCAAUGACCCACUGGUUGGCUAUUGUGAAUUCUUUGAUUAUUUCCACUAUUCUCGGUGUCACCGUAUUCGUGAUUUGGAGCCGAACCGUGCAAGGCGAUAUCAAGGGACGGGGCGACGGAGCAAUGGAUGAUCGUAAAGUCAAAGGCCAGUCUCGUCGCAAGCGUUCUGGAGAUAAGAAGAAUGAGGGAUUGCUUGAUAAUGCCGACGUGGAAAAUGAUGCAGACAUGUCUUCUGAUGAUGAGCCGCUUGAGGACACGAGUGGCUGGAAACUCCUUCAUGGCGAUGUUUUCCGAGUCCCAGAGUACAGCGGUCUUUUGGCCCCGUUGGUUGGAUCGGGCAUGCAACUUUUGUUCAUGGCAACUGGCUUGCUUUCACUUAGCUGUUUGGGUGUUUUGAACCCUAGCUUCCGCGGUGGAUUUGUCAGUGUUGGAAUGGGCUUGUUUGUAUUUGCUGGACUCUUUUCAGGAUACUUCUCCGGCAGACUGUAUAAGACUUUUGGGGGAACCACAUGGCGGAAGAAUACUCUGAUUACUGCGCUGCUAUUUCCCGGGUUGUCAUUCCUUUUGGUGCUCAUUCUGAACUUGUUUGUGUGGACUCAGGCUUCUAGCACAGCCAUUCCAUUCAGCACAUUGCUCGGUUUACUCCUCUUGUGGCUGUUGAUCCAAGUCCCCCUUGUGUAUCUCGGUAGCUGGACCGGAUACGUACGAGCGAAACCCUGGGAACACCCUUUGAAGACCAAUGCUAUCCCACGUCAAAUCCCUCCCCAGCCGUGGUAUUUGAUCAGCCCAGCCGGACCCAUUUUGACUGGCCUUGUCCCCUUUGCUGUCCUCUUCAUUGAACUGUUGUUUGUGUUCAAAAACCUAUGGCAAGAUAAGAGUGGAUACUAUUACGUCUUUGGCUUCCUAAGCGUGGUGUCGGCUGUGCUUAUGGUAACCGUCAUCGAAGUCACUGUAAUCGCGACAUACAGCCAGCUCUGCUCCGAGAACUACCACUGGUGGUGGCAAAGCUUCCUAACUGGCGGCAGCAGUGCUUUCUGGAUCUUCGCCUACUGCAUCUGGUACUACAUGUUCAAACUGCAUGUGACUGGGUUCGUCUCUACAUUGCUGUUCUUCAGUUACAGCUUCCUCGCUUGCACAGUCUAUUUCCUGUUGACCGGCACUGUCGGGUUCCUGGCUGCAUACGCCUUCGUCCGCCGCGUAUACAGCGCUAUCAAGGUUGAUUAA